AUCAUCAAAAGGGUUUUUUCAAAUCUCUGUUUUUUCUUUUGGGUCGCAUAAAUCUACCACUCUUCCCCUUUCUCUCUCUGCAUCGCAUACAUCAACUGGUGUAAACGGUGUUUGAUUCUUUUCCAAGUAAUGGCUGAUAGGCGCCAGCACCCAACUAUCACGGAAAAGUUUUCUGGUCAUGAGCUACAUCUGAGUUCCAGCCACUAUGGGGUCAUCCAGAGGCCUUCUAUCAAUCAAAGGCGUUUUUCAUAUGGAAGUUAUUCAAAUGCAGCAUUGCAAUAUCCCAUGAACCAAGCAUGUCGAGCUAAUGAUCCGUUGGUGGCUUCACGUUCCUUGCCUGUCUGUGUCGAAGCCCCGAAGGAGAAAGGAUUUUCAGGCUUUGCAAUUGAUUUUCUAAUGGGUGGAGUUUCUGCUGCUGUAUCCAAGACUGCUGCUGCUCCAAUUGAGCGCGUAAAGCUCUUAAUUCAAAAUCAGGAUGAGAUGAUCAAGGCUGGCAGGCUCUCUGAACCCUACAAGGGAAUUGGAGAUUGUUUUAGCCGAACAAUGAAAGAUGAGGGAAUGGUAGCAUUGUGGAGAGGAAACACGGCAAAUGUCAUCCGUUACUUCCCAACUCAGGCCUUAAACUUCGCGUUUAAAGAUUACUUCAAGAGCCUGUUCAAUUUCAGAAAGGACAAGGAUGGCUAUUGGAAAUGGUUUGCCGGUAACUUGGCAUCUGGAGGUGCUGCGGGUGCCUCUUCUCUAUUCUUUGUCUACUCUUUGGAUUAUGCUCGUACCCGUCUUGCAAAUGAUUCCAAGGCUGCAAAGAAGGGAGGAGAGAGGCAAUUCAAUGGCCUGGUUGAUGUCUACAAAAAGACUCUCAAAUCAGAUGGCAUUGCUGGCCUCUACCGCGGCUUCAACAUUUCUUGUGUCGGAAUCAUUGUUUACCGUGGUCUUUACUUUGGAAUGUAUGAUUCUUUGAAGCCUGUGAUCCUCACUGGAAAGUUGCAGGAUAGUUUCUUUGCUAGCUUUGGCCUUGGUUGGGUUAUCACCAACGGCGCUGGACUUGCAUCUUACCCAAUUGACACUGUCCGUAGAAGGAUGAUGAUGACAUCUGGUGAAGCCGUCAAGUACAAGAGCUCGCUCGACGCUUUCUCUCAAAUCCUUAAGAAUGAGGGUGCGAGGUCUCUCUUCAAGGGUGCUGGUGCUAACAUUCUUCGUGCAGUUGCUGGCGCGGGUGUGCUUGCAGGUUACGACAAGCUUCAGGUGCUAGUGUUCGGAAAGAAGUAUGGUUCUGGUGGAGCUUAAGUAAAACUGAACGGACAACGGCACCCCCAGAUAGCUACAGAUAUUGAUGAAAGAAAACAUCAUUUCAUAUCUUGAGUUAUAUUUCAAAAUUUUGGAAUUAAUUAAUGGGAUUCUCACUGAAUAACCUAGUUUAGAGGAUUUCGUCUCCUAAACACCAUAUUCUGGGAGUUUUGUUCGCAUUAUCCUGGCUAUAGGAGCUGUUGCAAGCUCCUACUGUUAAAUAUUUAAGCUUAAUUAUACGUAUUAAUGUUGGUACCGAUCUGAAGCUGUGUUC